AUGAUCAAUUCCAUUUCAGUCAAUGGGGUGUCCUAUGAGGAACCUAACAGAGUCAAGCAUGAGGUUUUCCUUCACUUCAGGAAUCAGUUCAAGGAAAGUCGGGUGAAUAGGCCUGUUUUGGGUGGGGAGUUCAAAUCAAUUGAGGAUAAUUCGAUCUCUCACCACCUGGUAUCUGAUUUCACUGAAGUAAAGGUUUUGGUAGCCAUUAAAGAGAGUAAUGGUAACAAAGCUCCAGGCCCAUAUGGGUUUAACUUGUUGUGCUAUCAAAAAUUUUGGAAAGUUAUGAAGCAGGAGAUCAUGCAAUUCUUUAGAAAUUUUCACAAUCACAGCAGGCUCACCUAUGUCCUUGUGCACAAGUUAAAGCCAGUGAUGCCCUUAAUUAUUAGCGAGACUCAGAAAACUUUUAUAGGAGGAAGGAAUAUCAUAGAUGGGGUGUUUAUUGCCAAUGAAGUAGUUGACGGCUGGAAGAAGGCUGAACGGCAAGGGCUGAUUAUCAAGUUAGACUUUGAGAAAGCCUUUGAUUCAGUAAAUUGGGAAUUCUUAUUUGGACAGGUGGUUAUUAUCAAAAGAACCCUUAGAUGCUUUCAAGUUCUAUCCGGGCUGAGAAUCAAUUACCACAAAAGUGUUGCAUGUGAAGUUUGUGUGGUGGAUGAGUCACUGCAUACUUUUGCGAACCUCUUGAAUUGCAAGGUACUUAACUUAUCGUUGAAUUUUUUGGGGUUGCCUUUAGGUGCCAACCCAGAUAGAAAAUCAACUUGGAAACCUGUGAUUGACAAUGUUAGAGCAAGAUUAUUAGGAUGGAUGAGGAAAAUGUUACCCUUUGUUGGAAGAUUAACUCUAAUCAAGUCUGUCUUAUCAAGUCUACUUGUGUACUAUCUUUCUUUCUUUAGGAUGCCUGAAGGUGUGGCUCAUGACUUUGAGAAAAUUGAGCCUGCUUUCCUGUGGAGUGGUAAUGAUCUAAAAAGAAAAGUUCAUUUGGUGAAAUGGUUAGAAGUAACAAAGAGUGUUGCCCAAGGGGGUUUGGGAAUUAGGAGGAUUAAGGAUGUUAAUGCAUGUUUGCUUCUCAGAUGGUGGUGGAAAUUUGGAAAUCAAACUAAUGCACUAUGGAGGAGAGUUAUUUGCAGUAAAUACAAGGUAGAGGUAGACUGUUGGCAUCCUCUUGUGAAAUCUUCUUACAAGCAUUCUAGGGUGUGGAAGGAUAUUAUUUUCAUUGGGGUUUAG